CCGCAACCCCGGUACGGGCUCGACCACUUUGAUGUCGUCGACGAGGUGGGCACGGGGACGUUCGGCAAGGUGCUGCUCGUCAAGCUCAAGGGCGCAUCGCCGGCCGAGCCGAGGUCGUAUUUUGCGGUCAAGGUGCUGCGGAAGCAGGAUGUGAUCAGAUCGCGGCAGGUGGAGCACACGCUGUCGGAGAAGGACGUGUUGGCGCACGUGUCGCACCCGUUCCUGGUUAACCUUUACAGCUCGUUCCAGGACGGGCUGAACUGCUACAUGCUAAUGGAGUUUGUCCCCGGGGGCGAGAUCUUUGCGCAUCUGCGCCAGGCCAAGCGCUUCACGGCGGACGCGGCGCGAUUCUAUGUGUGCAACAUUGUGCUUGCUCUCGAGCACCUGCACGCGCGGGACAUUGCCUACCGCGAUCUGAAGCCGGAGAACCUGCUGCUGCGCGCGGAUGGAUACGUCAAGCUGGCGGAUUUCGGGUUCGCCAAGCAGGUCGUGGACCGCGCAUGGACGCUGUGUGGCACGCCCGAGUACCUCGCACCUGAGAUCAUCCAGAGCAGCGGGCACGGCAAGGCGGUGGACUACUGGUCGCUGGGAGUGCUGUUGUUCGAGAUGCUGGCGGGCUACCCGCCGUUCUACGCGGGCAGCCCGCUCGAGGUUUACGAGAAGAUUCUACAGGGCAUCUCCGGCGUGCUGUUCCCACCAUGCAUCGAUGCGCAGGCUGCGCACCUCAUCCGCGGCCUGCUGCAGCCAACGCUCUCACAGCGCCUUGGCAACCUCGCCGGUGGGAUCGAGGACAUCAAGCGACACCCGUGGUUCGCCGGCGUGCGCUGGGACGCGGUCGAA